CGUGAUCGACAUAUCAAUCAAAGUCAAACAUGUGAUGACGCAUGAAUCAUGAACUGUUGAUGUAAACAAAAUUGGUUUGCUGAUUAUUUUUUUUGUAAAUUCUUUGUCAUUUUAGUUUUUCAACUUUAGAUGUAAAAUAAAAAUUUGGUUUAAAAAUGGUUGUAGUAUCUGUGGUUCUACUUGGCGACAUAGGGAGAAGUCCGAGAAUGCAAUAUCAUGUUGUGUCGCUAACUUCAGAAGGUUAUAAUGUUGAUUUCAUUGGAUUUGAUGAUUCAAAACCAAUAAAGAAAAUUCUAGAUAAUGACAGAGUAAAAAUAAGACCUAUGUAUCAGUGUCCUUCUUUUCAAAAGCAUCUUCCCCGUCUGAUCGGCUACAUUUUCAAAGCGGUGUGGCAAGCAAUGAUACUGCUCAUGAGUCUAGUUUUUAAGCGUCGCUCGGACGUGGUUCUAGUUCAAUCGCCACCCGCCGUCCCGACGCUGGUCGUCUGCUGGCUGUACUGUCGGCUGGCCUGCGCCAAACUGGUCAUAGACUGGCACAACUAUGCGCACACCAAUAUGGCGUUCACGCUGGGUAGUGAUGAGCAUGCGCUGGUUAAAGUCACCGAGUGGGUGGAGGCUACGUUUGGUCGCCGUGCUGACCACAGUCUCUGUGUCACCAAAGCAAUGAAGGAGGACUUGCGUACCAAGUGGGGAGUACAAGCAUCAGUCCUGUAUGAUCGGCCAUUUGAGUCGUUCCAAGCGACCCCGAUUGAUGUGAAGCAUAACCUCUAUAUGAAACUAGGAAAACAAUAUAAGGCUUUCGCCGGUGAAACGACCAGCUCUGAUAAGUCAGCCACUGCAUUCACGAAGGAGGAUGCAGAUGGCAAUAUUACUCUACGUGAUGACCGACCUGCAAUUCUUAUAUCGAGCACCAGUUGGACAGAAGAUGAAGAUUUUGGAAUCCUAUUGUCAGCUCUACUAGAUUACGACGAAUCGGAUGACGACAGUCUGCCGCGACUGGUGUGCGUGAUCACCGGCAAGGGGCCGAUGAAGGAGCAGUACGCGGCCAAGAUGGCGGCGGUGCAGUGGCGGCGCACAAGUGUGGUGCUGCCCUGGCUGGAGGCUGAAGACUACCCGCUGGUGCUGGGCAGCGCCGACCUCGGUGUCAGUCUGCAUUUGUCCACCAGUGGCCUUGACCUGCCCAUGAAGGUCGUCGAUAUGUUCGGAUGCGGACUGCCCGUUGCCGCUUACAAGUUUUCGGCGUUGCCUGAAUUGGUUGAAGAGGGUAAAACAGGAAUGGUGUUCGAAACAUCCAACCAGCUGGCUGAUAAAAUCAAGGACUGGUUCAGAGACUUCCCUGAAGCGCAAGCAAGAGCUAACAAGUACCGCAAAAACAUUGAAACUAAUUUUCAAAAUUUACGGUGGCAUGAGAAUUGGGUGCUCAAUGCCAGCAAAGUUUUCCAAAUUCAAGACUGAACAUUAUUAAAAAAAAUAAUAAAUUGUAAUAUUAGACCAAGUGACAACAAUUUUCCCGGUGUUUAGAAACUUCAGUGUGCCUGCGAUGUUCUUGCUAAUGAUGAUUUUACUAUCUUUAUUUCCCUGUCACACUGUUCAGAUUUUAUUAUAUUGUAUUUAUUUUCUGUUACAUGACUACCCUUGUCUACUUAUUUGUUCUAUAUUUUACUCACAAUCGGAGCCCAAUUACAAUUGUAUCCCGCUUGCAUGAACACAUCUAUUAAAUUUAACCGUGAUUAAAUUUUGCUUACAUGACAUGAGAACCAAUAAAAGGAGCUGAUGACAUCUUUAAUCAAUCGUUUAGUUUAUGUACAUGCAACCAGGCCUGUAUCUCUUCUUCAUCUAAUUUUAGAUUUAGAUGAAUCAUGUUAUUUUGUCCAAAAUUCUAGUUGGAGUAUACAUUUAUAAAUUCUCUUACUUAGAAUGCCUUUUGUGUCAAAAUUAUUGUACAUUUACUGUACUAUAUUCUUCGAGAAAUUGUUGAUUGAUAAAAUAUUUCUGUUGUUUACAUUCUUUACUAGAAGAGCGAUUGAUGAGAGAAUUAAAAUACACCAUUAAUGAAAUUUGUCGAAUAAA